AUGCCAGAGCUCUGCUCCAGGCAAACACAGAGCCCGGUGGCUCCUGCGGGGCUCGGCAGGGCUGGCCCACCCGCCGGGGAGGCUCAGCCCCAUCCCGGCUGUGCGACGAGUUUAACGCUGCCAAACAUCGAGUUCAGAGAGAGGUCACUCAGCAACUUUUCUUUGAAAACAUAUCCUUCGCUUACAGACUGCGGAGCCCCCGCUGGUUUCCACGACUCGGUACGUGUUACCGGCGGGGCGGUUGUGGCCGCGGGGCUGCGGCCGCAGCCGCACGGAUCUCCAGCCUGGGCUCAGGUUCCCGGAGCGAGUCCAGAAGCCGCGGAGGCAGGAGAGCACCGAGGACAGAGACACAGCGCCCUGCCCCAGCGGGGUGCCACCGCAGCCGCCCGGAGCCGGCCCCCCCGCUCGGAGGAGACCCGGCUGGUCCCCGCGGCAGCUCACGGCGUGACCUUGGGACAUUACAUUUCUGUGGACACAUCCUACGAGGGUGAGAAAGCAGUGCUGUCCAGCCCUGAUCUGUACUCCGAGGAAUGGAGCUGUGUCAGACUGAUCUAUCAGAUAGCAACAACUUCAGACACCUCACCUUAUCCUGCCAGGCUCAACUUGUACCUGAGGCAGGAAGGAGAAAGUUUUGAUCGUUUGCUGUGGUCAGCCAAGGAGCCAUCAGACAGCUGGCUGAUAGCUAGCUUAGAUUUAACAAACAGCACAAAGAAGUAUAAGCUUGUACUGGAAGGUGAAAUGGGACAAGAUAAAUCCACCAGUAUAGCAGUUUUUGAAAUCAAAAUAACUUCUGGAUAUUGUAUUGAAUGUGACUUUGAAGAAAAUCAUCUUUGUGGCUAUGUGAACCGCUGGAAUCCUAACGUCAACUGGUUUGUUGGUGGAGGGAACAUUCAGAAUUCUCAGUCUAUCCUGCCCAAAGACCACACACUUAACAGUGCACUGGGUCACUAUAUGUAUGUGGACUCUGUUUAUGUCAAACAUUUUCAGGAAGUGGCCCAGCUAAUCUCACCAAAGACCAUGGCCCCAAUAUCUGGCUGCUUAUCUUUUUAUUAUCAGCUUAAGCAGGAAAGCAGCAUUGUUUUUACUGUUUACCUCAGAGACAUGAGUGGCUUUUAUGAAGAGAUCUGGAAAACAGACAGUGCACUAAAUGCAGGCUGGGCACUGGCAGAAGUUGACUUCAACGCGCCGUAUCCCAUGGAGGUAAUAUUUGAAGUUGCUUUCAACAGUGCCAAGGGAGGUUAUGUUGCCCUUGAUGACAUUUCUUUCUCUCCGGUUUACUGCAGCAAUCACACAGGAACUCCUUUCAAUCCUGCCAAUGCAGGCUGCAAUUUUGAGGAAGAUCUGUGUAAUUUUUACCAAGAUCACAAAGACGGUCCAGGGUGGAGCAGAGUGAAAGUGAAGCGCAAUGUGUACAGAGCUGGAGAUCACACUACUGGAUUUGGUUAUUAUUUGUUGGCAAACACAAAGUUUACAUCACAGCCUGGGUACAUUGGACGUCUGUAUGGCCCGACCCUGCCAGGAAACUUGCAGUUUUGUCUGCGUUUUUAUUAUGCCUUAUAUGGGUUUUUCAAGAUGAGUGGCACUCUUGCAGUUUAUAUCUUUGAGGAGAAUCAUGUUGUUCAAGAGAAAAUCUGGUCUGUCUUGGACUCUCCAAAAGGAGUUUGGACUCAAGCUGAAAUCUCCUUCAAAAAGCCUAUGCCUUGCAAGGUUGUCUUUGUCAGCUGGUGUAAAAGCUUCUGGGACUGUGGACUUGUGGCAUUGGAUGAUGUAUCAUUGAGCCUGGGAAGCUGCCAGGCUGCUGAUUUGUUGCUGCCCAGUCCUGGAGAAUGCACCUUUGAAAAAGAUGAGUGUGUGUUUACCCAGAAGAAGAGAGGUCGUGGGAGCUGGCACAGGAAGAGGGGUCCAACUCCCACUUCUUACACUGGACCCAAAGGAGACCACACUACUGGGGUAGGAUACUACAUGUAUAUAGAGGCAUCUAAUAUGGUCUAUGGACAGAGAGCAUACCUAGUUUCAAGAUCACUAAGAGGAACAUCUGGAAAACAGUGCCUGACAUUUUUCUAUCAUAUGUAUGGAUCUGGGACUGGAUUAUUAAGUGUUUAUCUAAAAAAGGAAGGAGUUGAUGAAGAGAUACCAUUGUGGAGGAGGACAGGGGAACAAAGCAUCUCAUGGCUAAGGGGACUGAUAGAAUAUGAAAGUGAUACAAACUACCAGAUUAUUUUUGAGGCAAUCCGCGGUGUGUCAAUAAGAAGUGACACUGCUAUUGAUGAUAUUCUGUUUCAGACAGGACCUUGUUUGGAAGUGGAAGAAAUUCAAUUCUCAUCAGGCUAUCCUGACAGCUUAAAUGAAAUCGAGUAUUAAAUACAGCCUGCUGGAAGGAAUGGAGCACACUGAAGAUUCGUAUGUGAGAAACUGCAAGAACCACCUGUUUUAAAAUAUAAUUAAAUACUGGACUGGUUUGAAUACACACCAAUACAUAGGAAGAACUUGGAGCACUCACGUUCCUCGCCUUUUAAAUGAAAUUAUUGACUCAGGGCUUCUUAGACCGUAAUUUUUUUUACAUUAUUUCCUCUUUUGCAUGAGGUAUCAGUUAUUUCAUAAAGGCUUCCCAUUCUGCACAGAUCAUUAAUUUUUAAUUUUUUUAAUGUUUCUAGUAUAUAAGUAAAAAGAGGAAAUUCAUGUUGCACAAUUGAAGUCCAAUAUUGUGUUAUCUUAAAUCUGCAUUCAGUGAAUGUUUUGUGUUGGGGAUAGAAUGGAUUUUUGUUAAGAAAAUUUUAAAUGUUUUGAAAUAACAAAGACAAUAGUGUUAGCUACUAGUAUUAUCCUACAGGUUAAGUGCAAUUAUUCACAAUGACAAAUCUCUCUGGGACACUUAAUCCUCUGCUGACAAUUUUUUGUGAUAGUGUAUUAUUUUACUAUAACAAAUAUAUUUGUCAAUAACAAACCCACUUCUAGUGUUCAACAUAAUUCAGCAUAAGAUGCUGGCCUGUGGAACUAUAUGAAAUUAAACACUUUAAAGCCAUAUGUUUUCUGGGAUGAGAGUCUUGUUGUCUGUUUUUUUAUUAAGUUUGUGCAAUUACAGAGAAUGCACUUACAUUUUGCCCAGCCACAGAUAUCUUGCAUUUAUAUUACUAGGAAACUGAAUUCACACAUCUUGUUAUUUCUUAAAGAUUUUAUGUAUUUGUGUGUAAGGAUUUUUUUUUAAAUUACUAUAACUUCCUAAUAAAAUGUAACUUGGAGUAUCA